GUCCUAAAGCUGAUGACCCAUUACUGUAUGACGAUUACAUUACGAAAAGUUGAUGCAAUUUCUUCGUCUUAUCAAACGGAUAUUGGAGAUUACGGCGCCAAAAUCGCGAAUCUGACCUUGCGGUGCUUUACAUGGAAAAGGAAAUCCCUUCAUGGAAAGCUGCCAUUGUUUCGUCACUGGUUGAACGGGAUAUUGUUGAGAAGUCAUUUUUCAAUGAUUUAAUCGCACAAUACAAUACAAAUAAAGAUUUAGUGCUACAGCUGAAAGCAGAAAACUCCCGCCUUUCCCGGGACUUAACAUCAUGUCAACAGGAGAAAUCAAAUCUGCAGCUGGAGUUUGAAAAAAUGUAUACGCUGUUAGGUUUAGCAUAUUCUUUCAGAAAGUCAGUCAAGUCAUAUGACUAUGAACAGAAAGUCUUCCAUUUGCAAGAAGAGGUCACCGAAUUACAUCGACAAAAAGGAAGUCUCGCACAAAAUGUAAUUGAGCUUAACAAGGCUGUUCAGGAAAGGGAUAGCUUACUUCAAUCAAGAUCUGUGAAGAUUUCAGAGCUGGAUGAUUGCCUGAAGGCUAACCAGAAGCAGAAUCGUCAGUUAUUGGAGAAAGUUAAGGAGCUGGAGGAAGUUAAAGAAUUGCUUACAGAUGAGCAAGCCUCACAUUUACUGGCUAUUAAAGCUCUAGAAACAAAAAACAGGCAGCUAGAAGAUGACAAUGUUCAGCUUAUCAAAAGGAUUAAAGCCCUUCAAAGUACUGUUGAGAGGCUCAAAAAUAUAGAGUAUGAUGUACAGUAUAGAAAAACCCAAGAAACUAUACGCAAAAACCUUCAGGAUGCAGCUAACUCGACGAUAUUUGUUGCCGAUAGUGAUCCUAUUGAUAAACCUCUCCCUUGCAAGUCUGCCCUCCCUCAUCACGUUGCUGUUAAAAUAGAUGCUAAUGAAGGGGAAGUAAACAGCGUCCGUUUCACUCCGUCAGGUCACAUUUUUGGAUCAGCGGGCUUUGAUCGUAAAGUACGACUGUGGACGUAUCUUAAUGGUAAGUGUGAAAUUCACUCAACACUCCUUGGCUGCAAUGCUGCUGUUACCGCUAUCGACUUUGAUCCAAAUGAGACAGCUGUUUUGGGUGCAUCCAGUGACUUUUCAUGUCGUGUAUGGACAUUAAAUGAUUCAAGGCUUCGUGUUAACCUAACAGGCCACUCUGAGCGUGUUAUUUCAGCAAAAUUCAUGGGUUCAGUUAAUCGUGUCGUUACUGCCUCGUCAGACAGAACUAUCAAGAUUUGGGACGUUGAUAAAUGCUGCUGUAGACGUACCAUCAUGGCCGCUUCCACAUUUCAAGAUGUAGUUGUUUGUCCUACUUUAUCUGCCCUUGUCACUGGUCACUUUGAUCAGCAUUUACGCAUUUGGGAUGAACGAACUGGUGAGAAUAGUAGCAAAAUCUUGCUGUCUGGACGUAUUACUGGUAUGGAUAUUUCCUCAGAUUUUACAACUGUUUUGGCUUGUACACGUAACAAUACCUUAGAAAUUGUGAAUUUACGUAUGAAUAAAGUGAUUCAGUGUUUGAAGGCAGAUGGUUUUCAAACUGGUCUAGAUAUUGUUCGACCAUGUUUCUCACCUGAUUCAGAUUAUGUUGCUGCUGGUGGGCAUGAUGGUGGAGUGUAUAUUUGGAGUACUAAUUCAGGGAAUCUUGAGACUUGUCUUCGAGAUCAUACAAAUACUGUCGUCUGUUGUCACUGGAAUCCAAAUGGUAAUUCUCUAGUUUCAUGUGAACGCAUCCAAAAAGCAAUUGUUUGGACAAGUUUGUAAAAUUGUAUCAUAAUAAUAAUAACAACAGCAACAGUAACAACAACCACCUCCUGCUUCCAAAGUUCUACCUACCCAAAUCAUGUCUAUUCCUUGCUUAUGUAUUUCACCGUCGUCAUCUUCAUCAUUCUUCUUCUUCUCCUUGUUCUUUCCUUGUCCCUUUCUUGAAAAAGAAAACGUCUACUUCAGCUAUUCACAAACAGACAGAAACAACCGAUAAUUAUUUCUCUUCAUAUUAUUGCAUUCACAUGAAUAAUGAAUGGUGUUCACUAUGAUAAUGACGAUGAUGAUGUUGAUAGUUAUUUCACUAGGUUCCAUUAUUUAUGCUUGUCUUAUUGUGUAUGAUUCGGAAGCGAAAGUGAUCGAUCGAUCCUAUUUGUAUUAUAAUUUCACACUUAUUAUUUAUGUAUUUUGCUUUCAAUUUAUAAAAAAAGAAGAGUAGAAAUGAAAUGAUAUCCAAAAGUAUAACUUGUUCUCUCUUUUUGUUUGCAAAGAUUUCCGUGUUUUUUUUAAAAUAUAUUUUCGGUGGAGAAAAUUUGUUCCACUAAGUGUUGGUUUGUGUUGUUUUUUUUCUAUGCUUGUUGAUUUAGUUAUUAUUAUUAUUAUUAUUAAGAAUUCUAAGAAUUCGUCAUAAUUUAUAAUCACAAUUAUUUUCUAUUUCUUUUUCCACAGGAUAUAAAUAGCGAUUUAAAAUGUCAUUGGUAUAAGAAUAAAACUCGUGCACUGUGGUAGAGUAUAACUCCAUUAUGGGUAAAUUUUUGUUUUGAUAAAGUCUCACAGUGUUAUACAGUAAUGUUUACUGAUAAGCACGUUUCGAGCAUAAUUUAUUACUGCUCAUAAUCAUAUCAAGGUACUCACACGACUUCCUAACUUCAUUUAUAUAGUUCCAUUAUUUUUCACUUGAUUUGAUUGGCAGUAGUAUUUUUCA